GCCUGGGCCCCGGGCCACGUGGGCUCGACUUGUGUAGACAAGUUAGCUGGUCCCAUGGGAGCAGUGGGGUCGUCGUCAAAGAGGUAGUGUCCUCCUCACUACUAGCUGUGACCUUGUGCCAGUGACUUUCUGGUCUCGGUUGCCUGGUCAGUAAUAUGUGGAUGAUGCCUGCCUGUCUCAGGGAACGAUUGUGAGGAUUAAAUGAGAUAUAAUUUGAUUUACUGUGGACGGAAGCUCAAAGAUGACCAAACCCUUGACUUCUACGGCAUUCAACCUGGAUCCACGGUCCAUGUUCUGCGCAAGUCCUGGCCGGAGCCUGAUCAGAAACCAGAAUCUGUGGACAAAGUGGCUGCUCUGCGGGAGUUCCGGGUGCUGCACACUGCCUUGCAUAGCAGCUCCUCCUACAGGGAGGCGGUCUUUAAGAUGCUCAGCAAUAAGGAAUCUCUGGAUCAGAUCAUUGUGGCCACCCCAGGCCUCAGCAGUGACCCCAUUGCUCUUGGGGUUCUCCAGGACAAGGACCUUUUCUCUGUUUUUGCUGAUCCCAACAUGCUUGAUACGUUGAUACCUGCUCACCCAGCCCUAGUCAAUGCCAUUGUCCUGGUUUUGCACUCGGUGGCAGGCAGCACUCCGCUACCGGGGGCUGACUCCUCUUCCCGGAGCACACCCUCCAGCUCUUACCGGGACAUGCCAGGUGGCUUCCUGUUUGAAGGGCUCUCUGAUGAUGAGGACGACUUUCACCCAAGGGCCAGGUCUACACCCUCUAGCAGCACACCCAGCUCCCGCCCAGCCUCCCUGGGGUACAGUGGAGCUGCUGGACCCCGGCCCAUCACCCAGAGCGAGCUGGCCACUGCCCUGGCUUUGGCCAGCACUCCAGAAAGCAGCUCUCACACACCUACUCCUGGUACCCAGGGCCAUUCCUCAGGGACCUCACCAUUGUCCUCUGGUGUCCAGUCAGGGACGCCCAUCACCAAUGAUCUCUUCAGUCAAGCCCUACAGCAUGCCUUGCAGGCCUCUGGGCAGCCCAACCUUCAGAGCCAGUGGCAGCCCCAGCUGCAGCAGCUGCGCGACAUGGGCAUUCAGGAUGAUGAGCUGAGUCUGCGGGCCCUGCAGGCCACUGCGGGGGACAUCCAAGCAGCUCUGGAGCUCAUCUUUGCAGGAGGAGCCCCAUGAACUCCCUGCUCAUCCUGAACCCUCAACAAACUGCCAAGGUGGCUGCCAUGGGAGGCACUGCUAGAGGUGCCUCAUCUUUCCUCUCCCCAAUACACCUGAUGGUCGACGUUCACUUUGUCCAGUGCUUGGCCUUUCUAGCUGGUCCAUGUUGAUGGAGGCAGUGGGGCAAGCAUGGUGUGUGGGACUUGGUGCUGUGAUAUCAGGGCCCUGGUGUCUGGCCCCUGAUUCUGGGCCCUGGAUGGAGAAUUUUAGUCCCAUGUUAUGCCCACUUUCUCUUUCGGGAGAAGUUUCCAAUGAUAGUACCCCCAGACUCUUUGGUACUCUGGGGUAUGGCAUCCUCAGGAUGUGGCUAAGGCUGGAGCAGGGGUGCUGCCCGAUCUCCUGAGUGUCUGCUGUGUUAACUGCUGUGGCAAGAAGAGGCUUGUGCCUCUGACAUGAGCACAGUCUGAGCAGGGGCCAGGCGUACUUUCAGAGGAGCAGGUAAGGGCAGCUUAUCCUCCACAGCAUUUGCUCUCCCAGAGGCUUCAAAAGAUUCCUUGUCCCUCCCCCAGCCUAGUCUCACCAGGCAUUCUUUGAUGCCUAGUCUGUAAUGAUGCCAGAAUCCAGGCCUCAGAGCUGUGCCGGGAGGCAGGGCCCUAUUCUCUGUCCUGAAGGUGUAAAGACAAGAGCAGUUAAAUAACAAUACUAAACAACGACACUGACAGGUGCAGGUCUUCAGCUUUCAUAAUAAAGACAGGGCACCAACCCCAAGCUGCUGCUCCAUCUGCCUGCACACAUUCCCCUUGGCACAGCAUUCCCUGCCGCGCUAUAGACAUGUUCAAGUUGAACAAGGAGGUUUCAUGUGCUUUGACCAUGUCAGGAGAAAAAUUCUUCCCUUCAGAUUGUGUUUCUGUAGAAAGUUGCUCAGAGGUCUGCUCCUGCCUUGUGCCUUUAAGUGUUCAUUCCAUUUAUAGCAUCACAAUUAUAGUUAUUUGACUUCUGCUUGUUACCUGGGACAAAAGGUUUGCCACUUACAAGGACUGCCUCCUGUCCUUUUUCUCCAGUCUGUUCCCCCUUAUCCCCUUUCUGCCCCGAGGGAGCACACAGAGCAAGCCUGCUCCCUCUGCUUCACUAGCACAGCUUCAGUUGAGGAGAUUAGUGUGAUUUACUUGCUCCUUGACCUCCAGUUUUGGUCCCCAGCACAUCCUGUUCACUCUGAAUGACUUCCAGCUUAUCACUGAUACUCCUAAUGGGAGAUACCCAGGAGGGCCCACUAUUCCAGAAAUGGCCUGAACAGCACAGUGUUCUUCCCUUCCUCCAGAAAAUGUGGUUUCUCCAUAUUUCCCUCUCAAUCCUAGAAUUAAUGUUGAAAGGUAUUUGAAUUGGCCGAGAACACAGACUGAACCCACCAGGACCAGGCCUGUUUGUGUCUUAGUGGGCUGCUUUGAGCCCAGCUGCCUCUUGUGGAUGGGGCAAAGACCAGAAAGUCCUGUCUUUGAACCUGAUGUCUCUGACUUGUCUGUGGUAGAAACAAGGGUCAGUUCAUCCUCACGGGCCUGCCUUGGUUAAAUGGGGCUGACACAGCCCUUCUUGUCCCCAUAAUACAGCUGACCUAGAGCUGGUUUCCUUUCUGUGGCAUCUCACUCCCUGCCCUCGGGGACUGCUUUCAAAGGGUCCUGGGCUCCUUAACUCUCUGCCCUAUUGUGCUGUGGACCAUUUGGGUAACCCUGUCCUGUUCUGGAACUGACCCCCAAAUACCAGUUAUACUCCUUCCCAGAAUUGAGCCAUCCCCAUGAUUUCCCUUUCCCUUUGUCAGCUUUUUCCUCCAGGGUCUUGGCAAAUUGACAUUGCUUUCUGUGGCCACAUUUUAAAUAUCAGAAUAAGUGCCCCCAUUGAGCCUGGGCUUUCCAUGGUCCAAGGACUCCUUCCUCACCAUUGUCCCUGUCACUCUUGCAACAUUCAGCCUCUACUCUGUGCCAAAUGAAAAAGAUAGGACUCUUGCUCUCCCAGAAGCAGGUCAUGAACAGUUUAUGCUAAUGUCUGGAGAGAACUGGGCCAGGCUGGUUUAUCAAGCAUGGGACUCAUAUAAGUAGGGUUAGGGUUAGGGUUAGAGGCUGUGUGUAUGAGGGAGAGGUUCUUGGAGAAAGUGACAUCUAAGCUGAGCCCUGAAGGGUGAAGAGGAAUUGGGCAGGAAGGUGUGUGCACUCAGUGGGCUGGAUGCAUGGAGAACACAGCUCCUGUAGCCCUGUGUGCCACGGUGGGUUGUGAGGAAGAGGUCAUUAUUUUAAGCCAUGGAAGGAGUUUGGACUUAGACUAAGGGCAAUGAGGAGUCACAAGAGAAUUUGAAUCAGGGAGUCAGGUUUGCACUUAAGAAAGGAUACUGGCUGCUGUGUGUGAAUAGAUGGGGAGUGGGUCAAUCUUGAGUGAGGGAGUCCAUUGGGGAAUUUGUGAUCCACUUAGAACUGAUGGUAGAUUGACCUACCAGAUUGGAAGGAGAGGAGAGUAGUGGGUGGAGAGAGACUAGGAAUUGAUGAUAACACAUCUUGGGAGAGGUAAGUGUACUAUUACUAGCUCCACUUAUUGGAUGGGGACACUAAAGUUAGGUUUGAUCAUCUGUCCACAAUCUCAUGGUUAGGCAGUAGACAAGUUGUACUUACACCAAAGCCAGCAUCCUUCCCAAUGCUGCCUGUGGCUUCUGCAUGUGGAGGAGUAGGAGGUGGUGCAGGGUCUGAUCAGCCCAAGAAACUUGGGCUUAGUCUUGAGGGCUUUAGGCAGAGCAGUGGGGGACCAGAUGUCUGUUUGAGGUAAUCUGACAGCUGCGUGAAGACUGUAUUUGGGAAGUGAGGCUGGGAUUGGAAGACCAGCUAGGAGGCUUGCUGCCUCUAGAGGAAACAUGGUGGGGCCUGGACUAGAGCUGUAGCAGGGGAGCUGGGAGGAGGGGAGGGGUGUGAGAUGUAAAAGACAGACUAGGUGGGGGAGAGGUAGGAGGUAGGCAGGAUGUGAGUGUGUAGAUGGUAGUGUAAUAAGAACAAGGUACUGGAGUUGGAAUUUGGAAUGCAAGUCUAGUUUUAGACAUAUUGAGCUAAAGGUGCUAUGGACCUCCAUGUGGAAAUGUAGACAGUUGGAGUUUCUAGGAUGGAGAUAACGAUAAGGAAGUUUUAGGUUAAAGACUGGGCCUGUAUUACAUAAGAAGGGAAUUCAGCUUUUCAGGCAAAGGGAGAAGGCACAUCCACUUUAUAGGAAAUAGUGACUGAUGGAACAUAGAAGGGGGCAGGAUCUGCUGCUUCUGGAAAGGCGAGGGCAGGAGUCAUUUAAACUGAGGGAGUAGAAGGAACUGGACAGAGAAGUCUUUGCCAGUGGUGUGAGAUGCCAGAGAAACCUAGUAACUAAAGGGCCAACCUUGGACUUGCUGACUUGAGUCAUGGUGACCUUGGGGAGAUGCUAAGUGGAACUACUGUAGGGGUUGAGGCCUAAAUAGGUGGGGACAGUGGAAGCAGGGAGGGCUGAGAAUUCUAGUUGGUAGUUGGGGAGGGGGGACUGAGUGAGCUUUUGUGGUUCAGCAGAGGUAAAGUUGGAAUUGAUCAUGAGAACUUUUCUAGAAGCUAAGGGGGGAAAUAAAAGGAAGAGACCCUGAAAUAGAAUAUGCAAAUAAUCUAGAGAUGGGUGAGUUUUCUGAACAGAUCCCUUCUCCUGAUAUAACUCAAAUUUGGCUGGGCUGGCACAGCUUGUUGGGCACAUGGGACCCAGUUCUGCUCAUCUUCUCAGCCCCAUCUGGCCUGGGCCCCAGACCAAGCUUUCAGAGCCUUACCCUGAGGUGGCCUCAUUGCUUCUGCCACAGGCCUUGGCAGUAAAUGUUUGGUGAGGAUGUGUGUGGUGGAGUUAUUUACUCCUCCCCCUAUCUGCUUACCUAGCCUCUCCAAGCACCCUCUGGCCCUGAGCGGGGUUAGGUCACUUUGGCUGAGCCCUCCGUUUCCCUGGACCUGUCCCUGUCUGGCUCCUGUAGACUCUGCAGUUGCUGGUAACAGGAUUCAGCUUACUCUAGGUUUGAGAUGCUUUCUGCAGAGAUUCAGGCACUGCCCUCCCUACUCUACCUUGGCAAAAGUGGCUAACAGCAAUGCAGUACAAUAGUGCUCAUUUAUCAAGUACCCUCUGUACCAGCCAUUGAGCUAGGCACUCACAUAUGCCAUCUCCAGUGAUCCCGAGUAGUAGAUAUUAUCUCUAUUUACAGAUAAGUGCUUCCUGUUAAUAGGAUGUUACUGUGCCUUUCCUGAGCUUGGGUGGGAUUGUAUCAGCACAGUCACAUCAGUGCACCACCUGGGGCCUUGUGUCUUGCUGGCAGUCCUGGUAGCUACUCAGAGGGAUGAAGGGUCUGCUCACCACUCAUCUGUCCUGGAAGUGGCAACUUGAAUCUUGGAGGGGAAUCAGGCUUCUAAGUCAGACCCACUGAGGUUGUGAUCUCCCACAGACAUCUCAUGGAGCCUCAGUUGUGUCUUGUUUGAAAAUGUCUUCAAUAUUUUAUAUAAGUGAAUAUUGACCAUUUUUAUAUCAGAGAUGCCAGUACACUCAGAGCUGGACUGGUAAAUGAUCUAGAUGACUAACAAAGUCAGGAUCCCAACAACGAGGCAACUCUAACAAGAGGAACAAGGACAAUCUACGGUCCUGUGGUGGGGACUAGAAAACCAUUGUUCUCAUUGAAGAUAGGGUCUCAUUUCUUAUCCUGGGCUCAGGUUCAAACCCAGUCUUUCACACCUGGUGUUACAGAAAGCCACUACUGGAUGGGAAUUGGCCCAAGGAUGAUCCUGGGCUAAGAUCAACAAGAUUUAACAGCCUGGUGUCUCAUUUUCAUGAAACAGUACCUUAGGAGGGAUUGUAAUCAGGAGCUUAGAGGGCAGUCUUUCCAGCCCUCUUACUGCUCAGCCUCUCCUCUAGUGGUUGCAUUCUGAUCCAACACUAGAUCUUUGAAGGAGGUAGACACAAACUGGGCUGCUUAGUACCUAGGAGGGCUCAGUAGAAAUUUGUUAAGUGACUGACUGAUAUCCUGGGAAUCCAGCAGGAUUAGAGAACCAAGCAGCCUGGUUGGUGUGGCUCACUGAGCGUCAGUCUGUGCACCAAGAGGUCACUGGUUUGAUUCCCGAUCAGGGCACAUGUCGAGGUUGUUGGCCCGAUC